AUGCCAACUGUUAAAGUUAUUGAUUUAUAUCGUCAUAAAUUAUUGGAUAAUGAUUUUGGUAUCGAAUGGAUAAAUGAUUUGAAUGAUAAAUCAAAAGAAAUAAUUACUGAAGAAACUUCUAAUGAUCAAGAUUUGACUAAUAAUGAUAGUCGGAUAAAUAUAAAACUUUGUCGUUCAAUUAUUCAAGUUCGAUCUAUUAAUAAUAAUGCAACACGUCUUCCAGUACAUAUUUGGAGAUCACUUGCUAAGAUUGUACCUGGUGAUAUUGUGAUUGAAUUAAAUGGUGUAAGCACAGCUGGACAAACAGUAGUUGAAUUUGAAAAAAAUUUAAAAUUAUCCGGUAAUCGAAUUCGUAUUCGAUUGAAAUCAGGUAUAAAAUUGUAG